AUGUCAUCCAAUAUAGAACAGGAAAGCGAGAUCUAUAACCUCAUAGAUAGUUUUUUCCUCAAAUCCUCCUUAUUAAUCUGUUCAGUGGUAUCACAAAAGAAAUCCCAGAGUCCCUCCUUUGAUGAACAUUGGUUUCAAUCAAACAUUAAAGACACGUAUAACUUACCAGACAUAAUAAAUAAAUGGAUAUCGUUCGACGGAACUAAGACUCUACCACCUUUAGUAAUCGACGUAUUUCUAGAUUUGAGAGAGUUGACUCCAUCAAAUAUGGUAAGAUUACAGGAUGAUGACGGAAAUUUAUGGAAUGUUUGUAAAGGGACCAAAAAGACUGAAGUUAUGCUAGAAAGAUGGCUUAUAGAACUUGAUGAUGACUCUACAGCAUUUAAAACAUAUGAUCCAUCGCAAAUAACAGAUAUUAAUACACCAGAUCAACUUACACUAUUAUUACGAUAUUUACAUACUUUAGUAAAGUUAUUACCAAUGUAUGAGUUGGUAAAGCAAGAAGAAAGCCAUUACGAACAAAAUGAUCUUACACGUACCUACAAUAGUAAACUAACACCUAUGAUAGGUGCCAGGAUUGUUGACGGAUCUAAACCUAUUUUGUCAAAGGGUAGAAUAGGAUUAAGUAAGCCGAUAUUAGGAGUUUAUGCAAAUGUUAUAAAUGAUACCAAUUUCCCAUCACAUUUAGAACAAAAGAAGAUUACACCUGUAUGGACGAAAUUCGGACUUCUCAGAGUAUCUGUAUCAUACAGACGCGAUUGUAAAUUUGUGAUAGAAGAUACCGAAUCGCGCAAUCUGGCUAAUCCAAUACCUACUCACAAUCCAACAGAUGAUAUAAAAAGAGCAAAGCAGGUGCCAAGCUCCAAUAUACGUGUGGGAUCUCUUUCUCCGAGGUCUAGAGAAUAUUCUUUAAUGUCAUCAUUUGACAGAAACAAAAGUACGAGUAACCAAAACUCAUUUAACCAAAAGAAAUCAAUAUCGAUUAGUAGACAAGUUCAGCCAUUCAAGGUUGGAUCAGUCAAUAGUGUCGUGAUGAAUAAUCAAAAUAUAAGCCAAAAUUCUAGCCGAAAUCCUUCAAAUUCAUCCUUUAUUAACAGCGCCCAAAUGCGCAGGACAAGUAAUGGCUCGAAUACAGGAUAUAUUGGCCAUUUAAAUACUCCAUCGAAUCAUACGUUAAAUAUUGACAGUACAAGUAUUGACAGCGGGUCAAAAUACAUGUCAUCUUUCGGUAACCUACGUCGUCACUCUAGUAUCAAUAAAAACCAAGAGGCUCUUGCAAAUGAAAGAAAAUUACUAAACAUGAACAAACCGGCUGCCACAUAUAUGCAACCCAACACAUUUGUUCAGUCUGAAAUGCUACCAGAGGCAACGGAAGAUAUAUUAAAUUUCGUAAAGAUAUUGGAUGAAAAACCUGACAUUAAAGGUAAACAUCCAAGUCAGUCCAAUAACAGUAUUAAUACCAUAUCAAGUUCGCUAUUGAAGUUCCAAAAUUUACGACCAAGUAAUGAUUUAUUGAGCGACGAUGUAUCAAUGAGUGUUUCAAUAAAUCCUCCUUCUGGAGAACAAUUACCACAGCCCCCACCCCCACAUAUAGACCCCUUUAUUGCAUCAUAUUCUCCUCACGUACAGAUAAUACCGACGGGAGAUGGAGGUCGUCGUCGUAGAUCAGGCUCAAUAUCACAUUCUCAUUCGCCUUUGCCAUCGCUAUUUUCUCCUUCAACUCAAUACCCAUCUAUACCAUCAAAGUUAGUUGGUCACCAAAUUGAACAAGAAGACGUUACUGGACCGAUCAUGAGAACUGAUAUGUUGGAUAACCAAAGUGGUGCCAUUAAACCUAGACGUCCCUCAUAUCUUGAUACUGGGGAGUAUGGUCCACCACAUGGAAUCCCCAAUGCAAACUCAUCAGGUCUUAAUUUGAGUAGCCGUAAAAAUAGUAUCGAUGAGGUGGAUGAAGAUCAAGAUGAUGAGCUCCUUGUCAAUACUAAACAAACCAAUUAUGGUGAUAUGAAUGAGAGGAAUAUAAGAGGUUCUUCAUCUCCAAGAUCUUUAGAUAGUAUCUCAAGUUCCUUCCACAGAAAUAGGCUUGCAUACAAACAACCAUAUCAGCAGUUUUCACAACCUGUCAUUGCCGAAGCUUCUGUCCAAGCUAAGAUGCAUAAACCAGUUAUACAAUCCACAGAUAUCUUAGAGGAUCAAGAUAGAUUAAUCAGAAGGAGAAGGGAUAGUGAGGAAGAGAGUAGCAGACAAAACCUGAUUCAAAGAAAUAACGGUCGUAGUGACUCAAACAAUAGAUCUUUGGAAAACAACACUAAUGAUGACGAUGAAAUGGUAUUUUUUAUGAGUGAUAUGAAUUUACCACAUGAAUGA